AUGGCUGGGCAAGGAGCCCCGACCAGCGAAGCGGCGGCUACUCCUCCAGCUGCGGCGGGGAAUGGUCAGAUUAUCUACCAGCAGCAGACGCCUCCAACGGCUAUCAGGCGGCACCUCCCCUUCGAAUCCAUGAAGCCGCCGUUUGCUCCUCACAAUGACUACCACCAUUUCUAUACUCCCGGACGAGCUCCCGCCUCCUCCUCAAAUCAUCCUCCAGAUGCUGUUGUAGUCAAGUCUCCAGCUUUAAAGCGAAAAAAGGGGGUUGAAAACAAUAAGUUUGAGUCUAGUGAGAAGACAGCUAGUCUUGCAUACAAUGAUGCGGCUAGCAGUCCCCUCCUUACACCUAUAUCUGGGAAAGGAGGAAAGAUAGCUGGCAGGUCAAAGGUCACAAAGAACAAUAGAUCUGCAUCUCCAACUCCUGCCUCCAGUGUUGAUACUCCCUUAGCUCUUACUCCUGCUGGCAGCUGCCGCUAUGAUAGUUCCUUGAGUCUUCUAACAAAGAAAUUCAUCAACUUGCUAAAGUACGCAGAAGAUGGUAUUCUCGAUUUAAACAAAGCUGCAGACACUUUGCAGGUGCAGAAGAGACGGAUAUAUGACAUAACUAAUGUCCUUGAAGGAAUUGGUCUUAUUGAAAAGAAGUUCAAGAACAGAAUUCACUGGAAGGGAUUUGAUCCUUCAAGACCUGGACAAGUGGACAGUGACAGUACUCUUUUGCAGGCAGAAAUUGAGAACCUAUCCAUGGACGAAAGAGGACUAGAUGAGCGAACAAGAGAAAUGCAAGAAAAAUUGAGGGAUUUGAGUGAAGAUGAAAAUAAUCAAAGAUGGCUUUUUGUGACUGAAGACGAUAUCAAAGGAUUGCCUUGUUUCAAGGAUGAAACCCUGAUAGCAAUUAAAGCUCCACACGGGACCACCCUUGAAGUUCCAGAUCCCGAUGAGGCUGUUGAUUACCCACAAAGGAGAUACAGAAUAAUACUUAGAAGCACAAUGGGUCCUAUCGAUGUUUACCUUGUUAGUCAAUUUGAGGAGAAGUUUGAAGAGAUAAAUGAUGGUGAACCAUCUACAAGCUUGCUUCUUGGUUCAAGUGAAAAUCCCACAACACAAGGAGCCUUGCUGGCAAGCAGUGGGAAGGAGAUUGAAGCUCAAGCCCAAGAUAACCAUAGAAUAAGCUCUGAUUUUGGUGCUUUACAAGAGUGUGCUGGAGGAAUGACGAAGAUUGUCCCUUCAAAUAUUGAUGAUGAUGCAGAUUACUGGCUUCUAACAGAUGCAGAUGUCAGCAUCACAGACAUGUGGAAGACAGAUUCUGUUGUAGGGUGGAAUGGAGUCGAUAUGCUUGAUGACGAGUUUGGAAUGGCUUCUAUCGUUACGCCAAGGCCACAGACUCCACCUUCUGGUGUUGCUGAUGUGCCUAAUGUUGUUAAUUUGCCACCUAGUCGUUUGGAGACACAUAAUGACAUAAUGCAUGAGGCAAUGAACUUUGCAAUGAAAGAAGGAAAAACAGGAGGACGAGGAACAUGGCAAUAUGAUUCGAUUGUACAUCUGAGCAACCUUCAGCUAUUCAGAGGUGGCCACGGCUCACAAGCCGUUUGCAACUGGGCAACCAGUACCACCUUUGUGUGA